CCGGACCAAAAGCUUCAACGGCUCGCAUCAAGAGUUACGCACAUAAGGACUAGGAAAUACUCAAAGGGUUCCAGACCAAGGCAUUCCUCAUGGCAUAUGCGGCCUCAGCUAUAGCUCCCAUAACUGCCCGCUUCAGAAAGCGCAUCAUACGCGAUCUUAUUGGAAGCACUGCGCUGGGUUUCGGGAUUGGGUACUAUUUUUGGUACGGAGUUCACGUUCGCAAAAUGAGAGAGAUUAGAGAGUAUGAUCAACGCGUUAUGGAGGAGGUUCGACGGGAGUAUGGGGAUUGGGCUGCUGCCACGCCGCCCGUCAAUACAAAGAAGACGGGUGGAUUGAUUCCGUUUGAAAAGGUUGGGGCGAUCCCACUUGAAAGCCCUCCGGACACGAAUGCAGUGAUUCAGGAAGCUGCACAGACGGAGUGAUACUGCAAGAUCCUCUUUCUUUGCUGGUACUGGGAGUUGGCUGGUCGUUAUCCUAACCCUAAGCCGGAAGUGGUAGACGUUAUACGGGUAGUCCUCCAUUAUAACAUCUCAUACAUUAUUCUUUCU